AUGCCGACUUUCAGCAUCACCCGUCCUGCCAACGUGGACAUGGAUCGGACCAGCCCGAGAACAAGCUAUGGCGGCGGUGAGCCUGGCCAGUCGCGGCGAAUCGAUCCGCGAGCGGACAGACGGGCGCCGCGUCAAUUGCUCAACGAGAACAAGCUGAGCUCGGCUCAGCUUCGUCAGAGGCUCCACGUCAUAGAACGCACCAGCGCCUUAGCGCGUCGCGAGCUAGCCAGAGCUGAGGCGGCCCAGGAUCGCGCCGACCGCCUUGCUCUAACCCGAGAACGUGCUUUCUUCGCCGCGGCUAACAAUGCUGCUGCGAUAGCGGCUCCCGCUUCAGCCAUCAACGGACGGACGCUUCUUCACGAGUCAGAGGAUACGCAGCACGUCAACAAGGUCUGGGCUCGCAAGGAGUCGUUUCGCAUGAAAGCCUAUGCCGAGGACGCCAAGAUGCACGACGGCGUCAAGUAUGGGCGGAAGUCGACCGGGCCAUUUACGGGAAAGUUCGUGUCGGCGGGCACUAUCGUUCAUAUUGACGGCGAGGACUAUGUUGAGUAUCGUGUUCUGACCAAGCCAUUCUGA